AUGCGUUUAAUUGCUCCUACUAAAAUCAACCAAAAAGUAGGAGAUGAUGCGCUAUUAGAUUUGAUUGUUUUAGAUAUGCAGCCACUACAAAUAGUUGAAAACGAAGGUUUUAAAAAGUAUUCGCUAAGAUUAAAUCCGGAUUAUGUGUUGCCAUCACGAAAAAAGUUGACCCAAAUGCUGGAAGAUAAAUACAAAAUAUGCCGUUCAGAAGUUAUUGGCAAAUUACAAAGUGUGGAACAUAUAGCUCUGACAACUGAUAUAUGGAGUUCAGACAGUCAAAAGAGCUUCAUAUGUGUAACUGCACAUUUUAUAAAUAAUUCAAAACUGCACUCUAUGGUAGUGUCGACGACUGAGCUCUCCCAACAUCACACUGCAUUAAAUAUUGCAAAUGCAUUGCGGACUACAUUAACAGAGUGGGAGAUAUACGAUAAAGUAGUUACGAUUGUAACUGAUAAUGCUUCGAGCAUGAAAAAAGCAGUCAAGGAUUAUUUACAAAAAAGGAACCAUUUCUGUGUCGCACACACACUAAAUCUUGCCGUUAAAGACUGCAUUAGCAAAGAUAGUGAGAGUGAGACGGACCAUAAUAGACAUUUAAAAAAUGCUGCAGUGCUGGAUAUUGUUUCAAAAAGUCGUGCAAUAGUAACCCACUUUAAACAGAGUAUUAAAUCAUCUAAUACACUUAGAGACAUGCAGAGCCAAAUGAACUUAGAGAUAAUUAAACUAAAACAAGACGUACAAACAAGGUGA